AUGUUCCUCAAGGAAAAUACUCCAAAACGCGCUCGGAAAAUGGAAAGAAACUACGAGGCGAGCGACCCCAAAAGCCUUAACUUGGAUGACAUGCGUGGCUCAGAUGACAUGGUGGAAUGGCUAGAACUUCUUGGUCACUCAGCACAUACAUCUACAUCAUCUACUACAAUAAAAAUCGUUACUGAACACAAGAAUAGAUUGGAGACCUGA